AUGGCAUCAUCGGAAGUCACAAAUGAAAUUCUAGAGCAACCCCCUGAGACAACGCCACGCUAUGCGGAAAAAUAUGGAAAUGCUAAUAUCAAGAAUACAGUAACUGUGCAGAAGAAAGUGAUUAAUGAAUCGAACUCAUUGAUGCAAAUUGAAUCUCUUACUGUCGCUGCAGAAUUGCAGAGAAUUGAAGAAAUGAGAAAAGUAGAAAACAGAGACGGAAAAGCAGGAGAAGCCAUUGCAAAGAGAGCGCUGAUGAUGCAAACAGAAAACGAAAUGCAAACUUCUGCUGGCGGAAGCAAUAAUACUUAUAAGAUGAAUGAAGAAUUUGGUAUAGUUGCAGUUGAAAAUGGAUCGGCGCGAAAUAAGCGGAAGCCGAAAUUCAUUAAUCAUAUCAUUUAUGAUAACAUCAAGCAAAGUGGAAGUGAAACGGAAUAUGCUGUACAAGAAUACUUCGAUGAGUCCGAAGAAGAGCCUAUUGAUUUAAGCAACAGGAAUGGACAAAGUGAGAUACUGAAUAAACAACCUGAUGAGGUCAUAUUAAGUGAACAACACUACGAGGAAAGGACCGAUAAACCAAACAGUGAGAAGAUCGACAAUCCGAAUAACGCUUUAUCAAGUGCCAAACGAAAGCGUAAUGAAUUGGAAUUAUCAAAACUUAAUCAAAAAUAUGGCAACAGAACAUUCUCGACAUUUACGCCAUCGGAGCAACAAGAACUUCAGCGUAAAGCUUCAAAUAUUUACAAAGGUGCAACAUUUAGAAG